AUGGGUGGCCGACACACACCACGCUGGCACCACAGGCUAUUGAUGCAACUCUCGUCGCUCUUAUCGAGCCAACUGGAUAUUCACCUGGAUAAUGUCCUCGUCGUCGCUGGUGGCGGCGGGCUGGCAGCUGGACGUAUCCGAGCCCUUCAUGCCGUUACAUUUCGCUCUUGUACGAUAAUCAAUGGGGGGAAAUCAGCAUUGGGAAUGCCUGCAUUGGCUCCUGUGCAGCUCAAUCAACUGAUUCUUGCGCAGAAUGACGGGCGAAUGAGGCCGGCAGAGGAUAAAAGCAACCGCGCAGCAUCGCAGAUUUUUUGCAAGCUUGUGAUAGGCAAGGCUGAGGGCCCGAUUACUGCUCAGCAUCAGGAAAAGCCAAUUGCCCAUUGCCAUUGGUGA